AACAAGCUUGUGCAGUCACAGCGUUCACAGCUGCUCUCUCCCCGUUUGCGAUUUACAAGCGGAUUCUUACCUCUUUCUCAGUAUUUUAAGAGUGGGGAAUUUUGCAUUCCCUCGUAAGACCAAUCAUGCCACACAAUUCCUAAACUUUUAAAAUCGGAGUUGCUGUCUGGAUGUACGCCAUGCGCCUGCAACCUGCGCGGGCUGGCUGGGACUUUUCUGAUCGGAUGCUGUGCUGAGAAAUGCAGUUGGCGCCAUUGUUCCCAUGGCUUAUUAUCCUUUCCAAAUUCGCGGACCAGGUGCCUUGUCCUUGUCAGCCUUCCUUACCAGCGCACAGCCUUCUUUUCCCGCCGCGCCGACUUUUCCGGACGCCGCGUCCUUCUCUAAGUCUCUGUCAGAGCAGGCACCCCCUGACGCGGGGCUGCACGCAGGUCUGGGGUGCCAAAAUGAGGCCGUUCAGCAACGUUCCUUGAAGAGACUUGAGCCAGAAGAAUGGUUGGACGAGGACCCGAAAGUUACGCUGGAAUCAAAGAACUUGUGGAGUGAAUUUCACAAAAUAGGAACUGAAAUGGUUAUCACAAAAUCAGGAAGGAGGAUGUUUCCCCCUUUCAAAGUGCAAGUAGAAGGGCUGAAUGAUACAGCCAAGUACAUCUUGCUGAUGGACAUUGUCGCUGUCGACGACUGUCGCUACAAGUUUCACAACUCCCGCUGGAUGGUGGCUGGAAAAGCUGACCCAGAGAUGCCAAAGCGCAUGUACAUCCACCCCGAUAGUCCGUCUAAAGGAGAACAAUGGAUGAGCAAGCCUGUUGCCUUUCAUAAACUCAAACUCACCAAUAACAUGUCCGAUAAACAUGGGUUUACAAUUUUGAAUUCCAUGCACAAGUACCAACCCAGAUUUCAUAUUGUGAAGGCGAAUGACAUAAUGAAGCUUCCUUAUAGCACCUUCCGGACUUAUGUUUUCCCAGAGACAGAGUUCAUCGCUGUCACUGCUUAUCAAAAUGAAAAGAUUACACAACUAAAAAUUGACAACAAUCCCUUUGCCAAAGGAUUCAGAGAUACAGGAAAUGGGAGACGUGAAAAGAGAAAUAAACAGUUAAACAUUUCUUCACUGAAUGGAAACCAAAGCAAAGCAGACCAGGACUUUGCUGAUUCUGAUGAUUCCUAUGAGCAGCCCAGUACCAGUGAGCCUUUUUAUUCCCCACAACUAACAAGCAGCCCUCUGAUGUCCACAUCAACUUGUCAAGACGAGACCAACGUUGUCAGUGAUUCAGACAUUGAUCCACUAGAUGACUGCAAUGCUGAAGGCAGCUGCUCCAGGAGAGAACACACAUUGGGUUUAAGUCUGAGAAGUGAAGAGAUACUGUGGAACAAGUGUGAUCUCAGAAAGAACAAACAAGAUGCAACAAAAGCAAGAACAUCAAGCAGCGCUUCACGUGAUAGACAUUCUAUAGGUACGGGUUUAGAAGAGCAAAUGAGUGAAAUCAAAGAUGGGGUCGUGCCUAUGAUGUUACAGUCAUGGAGCGCAUCAUCCUUCAGUGCUGGUCAGCAACCCACUUUGGAUUUCUCAAGUGCACACAGCCAAUUCUCUAGUAGGCUUGGGACACCUUUGUCAUUUCAAUCUGGACAGCUAUCAAUGAAGCCAGAGUUUUUUUCCAAUAUGGCUAUGGAGAAUAUGUUUCCCACUUCAUCUGGUAUAAAUGGAUUAAGAAAUGGAAGCCUGUUUUCUGAAAGCAUCACCUCUUCAGCUCCGUUCAAACGUCAACUGUCACAGCAAAUGCUAGCAUCUCAGGGGAUUUCACCAUCACCCUAUGGAGGACUUUUCUCAUAUCCAUACCGCUACAUGGCAGCACCAGGUUCAGUCACACCAGCCCUUUCAUUCUGCACUGCAACCUCGUCGCACUCCAGAAACCAACGUUACAGCAACUCUCGACCAUGGGUGCGAUUCAGCCCUUAUCAGAUUCCCACAUCGAUCACCUCAAGCCAAAAUCUGCUAACAUCCAGACUGCCUGGUAGAUCAUAUUUACAAUCUGAGCGAGAGUCAACUCUGGUGUUUGACAAUAACAGCUAUCUAGUCAUAAGACCUAAUAAACCAAAUCCUCCAUAAUAGACUAUUCUACAAGUGAAGUCACAUAUGACAAUCAUUUAAAAUGUUUUGGCAGAAAGUCUAUAUUUUUGCUUCUCUUUAAAUCGAUCAUAUUAUCAUAAAUUUAAUAAAGACAGACUUGGUGGUCCAAUGACAGUCAGUAUAUUAUACUAGACUUGGAUAUGCAUGUUUAAUUUAAUGAUUCAAAUAAAUAUUGUACUAGAUUCUACUAAAAGGCUACUCAAUGGAAUUCCAGAACUUGUGCUAUGCAAAAGUCAGUGCCCGGGGUGAAAUUCUUUAGAGGAUGAUAUGAUGUAAUGUGCUUUAAACAUAACUAAAAACACAUUUUUACUGCUU